AGCUUGACAACGGAGGCAGAAGGUGAGGGCAAGAAGCGGGAGCGUUCAUGAAGCACAUGCAACCUCUUAGAAGGCGGGGGCAUUGGAAUCCAUCAAGUCCUUUGAUUCUGGCGUCAUGCCAACACAAUGUCUUAUGUAAAAGACCUCGAGGUUCUCGGACGAGAACAUACGCUUCCCGGGCAUGAAUACUGGACACAUGAUCACGAACAAUGUUCGGGUAGUCAAAUACUCUGCACGCGCAACACGGCUUUGCAGAUUCCCAGGUGGUCGAUUGGGCGAUCCUGGAGUAACUUCCCCUUUCCGAGUCUAAUCUGACUCAUACGAUAGUAAUCCAUCCAAUUCGAGGUUAGUCGCGGUGCAUACCAGUGUGCCACACAUGGCGCUAGAUGACAAUCCCGGUUGGUGGAUGCUGGUCAAUUUAAAUCGUGAUUAUACUGAUUAUAUAGCUGCCUCCUCUGUUGUGGUUGCAUACGACUGGGCACUGACAUUCGGACAAGAGGUUGACCUGGUUUGGAGGCAACGCUGGUCGUCCAUGACUGCGCUUUUUCUCGGUCUGCGCUACAUUGGAGUGUUGUAUGCUGCGUAUGUUUGCCUAACAAGUCGGUGCCGUGCUUCUGAUCGAUCUUUCACAAUCAGUGUCUUUGUGUUCUGUGAAAUUAUCAACUCUGCAUUAUGGUGCACAGGUUUUGUCGUCAACGGCAUGCUAGGCGUCAUCAUGAUCACUCGGUUAUUUGCCAUGCAUCAGCAAUCGAGAAAGGUGCUCAUCUUUCUUGUUGUGAUCUUUCUCGCUAUCACGAUUGCCUGUGGGGUGAUUGUUGUGAUAGAAACCGGCCAAAUCUUAGGUGAAGACCUUAUCCUCCCUGGCACCCAUCAGUGUCUCAUUGGGGGAAACAUACGUCUGGCGGCCGAGUAUUGGUUACUCGGCACUGCAUGGGAGGUCUUCACGCUGUGCCUUGUACUUUGGAGUGUUGUAAAACACUUCCGUGAACUGCACGAGCCAUGGACGAGAUGGACGAUCGGGAACUGCUUCACAGUGUUAGUAAAAACACAUGUGCUUUACUUUGCAAGCUUUGCUACCGUGUCUUGCCUCCAACUUGGCUAUUUGUCUCCAGCAAUUUUGGAUCCAAUUAACGUGGGCACUCGGACUUAUGGCGGUGUUCUUCAAAUUUUCUCGCUCGUACAAAUGUUUAUAUUGGGACCGCGCCUCAUCCUCGAUGUUCGAAAAUAUUACGCUAAGAUCGUAGCUAAAUCCGAUGCAGGGAUCGCCAUGACUCCAAUUGUCUUCCAUGAAUCCGUCCAAGAGUCAACUAGUAGUACAAUGGCAACACCUGAAGGGAUCCUCGGAGAUCCUGCGAAGAACAUUACCAGGUGACGGGACUCACCUGAAGCUAGGACAACAGCAGUGCCCUAGUAGCGGAUCAACACAAUGAAACAUAAGGCUUGAUCACGGAGGUCUAUAGGAAACCUACCACUGUGAUCGGCAGAACUUUUGAUCGGCCCUUGCUAACUAAGUUCAUCACAUAAGUCAUGGUAAAUCUGUUAAUAAGGCAAUAUACUUGUUCAUAUGCGAUGAACAUAUAGA